AUGACGUUCUUUGAUUUCCGGCAGUCUCUGGCUGCAACCGCCAACUCCCUGUGUCUGUCCAAGAGCCUGAGGCAGCGCAUGUGGGACGACUCACAGCAGACUGUACGGCAGCUGCCUGACAUUGGUCGGCUGCUAGCGCAGCGUCUGGCGUCUGCCGGCCUGGGCGGACUCCGACAGCUCGCGGAGGCCGACCCGCGCAGGAUAGAGGCAGUGACGCAGAAGGCAUAUCCCUUCGGUAAUACCCUCCGCGGCCACCUGGCCAAGCUGCUGCCCCCGGAGGUGCAGCUGAGACUGACGCUCCUGACCGGCCCACACCCGCGACAUCAUAAUGCGAACGACCUACAACUGCAUCACCCUUCGCACUCAGGUUCCCACGCCACUGUGGAAGUGGAGCUGACUAGGCUGGCGGCCGCUGGUGGCGGCAUUGGUGGCUGUGGUGAUGGUGGUGGCUCUGGCUCUGGUAGCUGCAGCAGCCGCAACCCCGCACACCUGCUGGUGGGGCUCAGCAACAGCGACCGCCUGCUCCGUCACGAGCGCCUCAUAGUCGAGGCUUUCCCGUCACCGUACAAGUUCCAGGUGGCUGUGAGCCCCCCACCACAGACACCCCGCAACGAGCCCCUGCACGUGCUAGCCUGCCUCAUCAUGGAGCGCACAUGCGGCCUCGACGUACACGCCAGCCUCCGCCUCGCAAUAACGACCCACGACGAAGGCGCACUGCAGCCGUCACCGUUUCCCUUGCGCACUGGGGGGCCUUAUCACGGCGAGGGCGGUGGAAACUUCGAAGAGGAUAGGGCGGCGUUGGAGAAGGUGGGGGAGCUGGCGGCGUCGGCGAGGUUGGCGGCGGAGGUGGGAAGUGGACGCGGCGCGGCGCGGACCGGCGGGAGCCUUAAGGAGCUGUCCAGUCAGAGGAGUCAGAGGAGGUAUCGGGAGCUGGGCUGCGGCGAGGGCAGUAGCUUGGGUGGCGCUGGGCAAAGUGGCAGCGGCGGUGGUGGCGGUGAGGGACGCUUUGUGACACGGAUGCCUCAGGUGAUGAUGGAGGCUCCGGCGUUGGCUGCUCCGGUCUUUGCGCUGGCGGCUGCUGAUGGUCCCGCCAACGGUCCGAGCAAAACAACACCUACCCACCUGUAUCAUCAACCGCCGUUGCACCAGCACCAGCACCAGCAGCAGCAAUGCCGCCCGUCAUCCUCCGCAGCGCUCUCGCAGCCUUUAUCUGGAACAACCUCCGACACAUUCCCCAGGCGCGGGUGCUCCGCUGCAGCUACUGCUGCUGCUACUGCUAAGGCCGCGCCGAAGAGGGCGUCCGGAGGUGGCCGUGGUGGUGGCGGCGGUAGGCAGGCGCAGGGCCUGACGAUGUCUGGCACGUCGCUGUCCGGAGCCAAACAGGUUCCAGCGUUUGCACGCCUGCUGGCGCUGGCCAGCAAGCCCACGCCGACACCGACGGCGACGCCGACGCCGAUGUCGGCAACGGCGGCAGCGGAGGCAUCCGCGGGGCCGGCGAUGGUGGCGGCGGCAGAAUCAGACGGAACUGCGGACUGGCUCCUCGCCGACUUCGCCAUGGAGGACGCCGAUGAUGAGUCGUUCAGGGCAGCUGGCGGAGUUGGCGUGCCGUACGGUACGUACGACUUUCCGAGCGGAGGAUGCGGCAACAAGGGUGCUCUCGGCGGUGGUGGUUGCGGGGAUAUGGGGCCAGUUAGGGACUCUGCUGGGAAUACUGUACGGCAGGGUGAGGCGGGCGGCCCGCUGGAUGACGUAUUUGGCUUUCUGGGCGGCCAAGGCGGAGUUGGUCGCUCCGGUCGCACAACAGUAGCCAGGGUUGCUGUCGCUACUGCUUCAGCCCAGGCCGGUGCCGCAGAGCACGAACAGCCCGAGGAAGACGGUACCGCUGUACCGACAAGACGCCAACUGGCAGCUUGCGGCGGAUUCGGAGAUGCGGUACUGGCGCCGCCGCCGCCAGCGGCUCGUCCGCCAGCGGCAACCCCCAUUCAAGCCGCGGCACCGAGCGCAGCAGCGGCAGCGGCAGCAACACCGCCGCUGGCGUCUCAAGUACUGCGACUGCACAGACCAGGGAUGUCCUCCCGCCAGCUGUCCAUCGCGGGCGCGCCACAGGAGCCCGCAGCGUCAACCCUCUCCCCCUCCGCCAGCGCUGGGGCCCCACAACGGCAGCCACGCCAGCAAGGACCAGCAACGGCAGGCGCCGGCGGCAGCGGCAGCGGCGGCGGCGGCGGCGGCUCUCACGCUGCUGUCCUAACGGAGCACAAGCGGCGGAUGUUGCUGGGCAGUCGAGACCGGGAUAUAACGGAGGGACUACAGCUGAUGCAGCAGCGUCGAGCCAGGAACGCCAACGGCUUCAACGGCGGCAGUACAUCGGGCUUCGUGGUUAAUGGCCAACGUAGCGGCGGCGACGACGGCGGAAGGCUUGCUGUCGGGCAAGGUACGGCAGCGGCAGCGGCCGUGGGAAUAAGCUCCCCGACGUCGUCGUCGACUUCAGUGAUGCGGGUGGGCGGCAGUGCGGCUGCACCCAACAACCUGGCGAGUGCACCAAUGGCAACGGCAGCGGCAGCGGUGGCGGCGGCGGCAGUGGGACCAGAGGACGACGAAGGUGAGUACGACCCAGCCGCUGUCGUCGCCAGCGCCGCUGGCGCCAUCUGGACGAGCGCCGAAGAUGGGCCUGGUGCCAUGCGUCUGAAUGGCGGCGUCGGUGACGGCUGGACGAGGGAUGGCGGCGAUGGAGGUGCAGCGUUUUUGGGGCAUGACCGGUACGGACGGCCGGGAGGAAUGGCCGCUAGCCAACGCCAAGGUCUAGGCGCGCGUUGUGGUGAGACCACCUCGCAUCGGAGCUGCAGUGCCGCCGGGGCCCCCACCGGGGGUCCCGCCGGUGGCUGGUCGGAGUUUGUGGACGAGUCCGACGCAAACGUGUCGCAACAUCGGCAGCCGGCAGCGCACCAGGGCGGCGGGGGCACAUGGCGGGCUGCUAAGGCCCUCAGGGCAACGUACGGCACCAGUGCCCCCGCAACGUGUUCAUACAUGGAGGGCAACGGCGGCGGCGACGGCGGUGGCAGCAACCUCUCCUCCGGCCCUGGUCUGGUAGCCGUAAUAGGCCAGGCUGGGACGUCUUAUGGGCGUGACUCCAACCCUGAUAGAGUCGUACAGCCGCCAGGGCCACAGGCCCUUGAUAAUACCGAGGCUCCUCAGCGUCGCCAGCUGACCACCAACAACCCGGGUGUCAUUGCGGCACCGUCGUCGCACCGCGUCGCCGCAGCGACAGCUGAGGCUGCCGGUUGGCAAUCGAGUGACCCAUGGGACAUGUCGCCUGUUGGCAGGAAGGCCCUUGACAGUGCUGCUGCUGUUGCUGCUGCUGCUGCCGCCGCCAUCGACGGACAGAACGCAGCCGGAAUACCGUCUACCUAUGAUGACACAGCAGCACCAGCAGCCGGCGGCGAGGACAAUAAUAGUGUUGCCGCCGCUGCUCCUGUGUACGGAACCACUGGCGGCGGUGGAGACGGCGGCGGCGGCGGCGGCGGCCCCCAAGCCUCCGUCUCAGCUGCCAACCGGUAUUUUGCACUAGCCAGGCUAAGCCAGGGGUUGCGGAAGCGCAAAGCGCAGCCGCUGUCCGACGCCGCCAGAUCCGGACCCCUCCGGACUCCAACAUUACCCCCUUCAGGAACAACCUCAGGCAGCAACAAUCGCCGCAGGCCGUCGGCGGCGGAGGCUCUGCUGAUCAAGCUAAGGCAUGUGCGCGUGACGACGAGUGCGUCACGACAGCAGCGCCCGGCGCCACUAAUGCCACAUCUGCGAGCAGACCGGGCACAAGCAUAG